GCUUCCAACAGAACAUUACAAUGAACAAUUUAACGUCGUUAAAUUUUAGUGCGUUUCUGUGAACAAAGCAAUUUUCGCUGAUGAAACAUUUGCGUAGACGUGGGUGAAAAGGGAGUUGAAUAAUUUAAACCCAUAUUUGUCCACACAUAGAACUUUCUCCCAGUGAAGCUGAAAGGAUCAUAAGUGGAUAAAGUUGACAUGGGUUGGAACUUCGAUGAGGUGCCUUUAAUGAUAGAAACGAAUUUCAUUUCACCGAGAUGCAUUGUCGUGAGGAGUGAAAGUUGGCACUUAUGAGUUUGAUCUACAUUUUGAGUUGUUUUUCUUUUGCGUUUACGAGACAGUUCACAGAAACUCGAGGAUGCCACACAAACGUAACACGUCUAAAUGGAACAAUAACAAGCCCCACACUUCCCCCGAAGCAAAGCGUCUCCUCAGGGUACACCUGCAACUGGAAUAUUCAGCUGACAGAAGCUGACAAACCCCGCCACGUUGAGCUGCGUUUCAUUUUGUUUGACUUCACGGGUGUAAUGCCGCAUUGCUCACACGGAACUUACGUGGAGUUAGUCAUCGGUUGUAACAGAUCGAAAUCUAUCGGAAAAUUCUGCGGCCAGCUUUCACUUCCGGUGAUAUAUUCCUCCGACCACUGUCUCCAAAUUGUGCUUCAAGCCGGAAGUGGAGUGGGUUUAAAAUCGGGUUCAACGUUCCAAGCUGUAUUCCAGCAACGCUUACUAUCAAGGCCCGUUUCGCAGAAUUACCAUGGUUGUGGCAAAGAACUCCGCUCCAAUGUACGACAUGGGAACAUCUUCUCCCCACAUUGGCCCCUACCCUACCCCCGGUACGUGGACUGCGUGUGGCACGUGACUACCAGGAACGAUUUACAUUUCAAGCUAGUAUUCUUUGAUUUUGACGUCAGGCUCACUGACGCGUGCUCAGAAGCUGACUUUGUGGAGGUGAAGACUGGAGGAGUUGGCUUCAGCAACGGAAGAUCUGUAACAAAAUCCAAAGAAUGCGGUACAAAAGAGCCGUUUGUUCUAACUAUCGAAGGAGAUUCAAUAUUUAUCCAGUUUAAAAGCAACCUGGUCACUGGAAAACGUGGAUUCAUGGCUGGAUUUGUCACUUAUAGUGCUGAGAAAGCCGGAUUUCAACCUCAAGUUUUGAUCAUGCUUAGUGUCAUAUUUUUCACCCUCUUUGCCUUUGCGGGAAAGGCACUGCUUAAAAAGCUAUUAGAGAGGAAACGAUUCAACAACAAGUCUAUUUUCGACCUGUCAGGAGGAGAUUGCGAGGUUACCAAGAGUGUUUCACCUGUAUUGUAUUUACGAACGCCGAGGGAAUCAGUGAACGAGCCCAAACUCCUGUCAGCGGCGCAGUCACCAGGCAACGGCUCUGAAAAACAUGUAACGUUCGAAACAGCCGCAGCCAGAGACAAGCAAGGUUCAGUGAAAACUAUCAUUAUCGGAAACCACGAACCAGAAAUUAUCUGAUCAUCAUUUUUACUUGAUCCUCAGUCAUUCGUAAGCUCUUUUGGUGAAAUGUCUACUCGGAAUCACCCUUUAUAAGACGUAAAGCUGAAAGAGGUGUUCCGGGGGGGGGGGGGGUGUUCAUUUUUAGCGCGUCGCCAUUUUGUACUUGAUGCCGUCACAUGCUUGAUACUUCUGCUAAAUAGACCGGCACUUAAAACCAAAAUGAUUGAUGUGUUUACAAUUUUUUCUAUUUUGAAAUUGUAAUUACAACAAUUUUGCACCAGAUUGUCUAGCAGUAGAGAUCUGCUUGUAAGUUAAAUAGCGACCAGUCGAGUAGCAGUAAACUGCAUAUCAAACAAACUUGUUUUAUAAAAUUUAUUAACUACGCGGAAAGAAAUAUUAAGAAAAAAGUUAUACGGAAACGAAUGAUCUCAGCAAGUUUUCGAGUCAAAGAGAAUAAGGUAACUAGUAUGAUGACAAUUAAGUAAAUUUUAUACAUUUAAGCACGUCGAUCGGAUCUCGAAGAAUUAGUUAUCGUCAAAACAUUAGUUGUCGACGAGUCUCGUCGACUCCUCGUUUACAAGGACGUAGUUUAUUCUUUGUUCAGAAACUCUGAAAUUAUUGCAACUGAAAGGUUAUAAAAAAAACUGGUACUGAAAAAUGUAAAUUUUACAUGCAUGGUAUUUUGUGACUGGUACAAUUGCAUAGUCGUUUUUCCAACACAUCUUGGAAAAAUGGAGAUAAAAGGUGGGAGGGGCUAACAAUUAAUUUGCGUGGAUACUCAACGUUCGAGUUACU